GCUACUUAUAUUGUUUUUCCAAUUUUAAAUAAAACAAUAAUAUGAUCAAACAUGAAUGCUUUAAAAAAGUAAAACAGAUGGUUCUUUCUACAUUAUUUCCAUAUGCAUUUCUCUUCUUUUUUAGUUUGCUGAUCAUACAUUGCUUUGCCAGAGAUACAAUAACCAAGAAUGGUCCUAUCAGUGACAGCAAAGGCGAAACUCUUGUUUCUCCCGGAGAAAAAUUCGAACUGGGUUUUUUUACUCCUAAUGGAAGCACAGGAAGGAGAUAUGUUGGGAUUUGGUACUACAAGUUAACUCCACUUACCGUUGUUUGGGUUGCAAAUAGAGAAAGUCCAGUUUUAGAUAAUACUGGAGUUCUUUUCAUUGCAGAAGAUGACAACAUUAAGGUUGUGGAUGGAAAGGGAAGGUCUUACUGGUCAACGAAUCUGGAAACAAAUUCUUCUAUGGAAAAGAUAUUAAAGCUAAUGGAUACUGGAAAUCUUGCUUUCUGCGAAAAAGAUGAAAGAAUUGUCUGGCAAAGUUUUGAAAAUCCAACUGAUACAUUUCUUCCAGGUAUGAAAAUGAAACAAGAUAUUGAAUUGGUUUCCUGGAAAAGUUAUGAUGAUCCAGCAUCUGGGAACUUCACUUUUCAAUUAGAUCAACAAGGAAACCAGUUUGUUAUAUGGAAAAGAUCGAUUCGAUUCUGGACAAGUGGAGGAUUAGUUUCAGGUAAAGUUGGGAGUUCUAAUGAGAUGUCUUCUGCAAUAUCUUAUUUCUUGUCAAAUUUCACCUUAAAUGUAGUUCAAAAUGAUUCUGUGCCUUAUAUCACAUCGUCAUUGUAUGUUGAUACGAGAAUGGUCAUGAGUUUCUCAGGCCAAAUUCAGUACAUGAAGUUGGAUACUAAUAAGAUAUGGACCUUGUUCUGGGCAGUACCAAGAACAAGAUGCAGUCUUUACAAUGCUUGUGGAAAUUUUGGUAGCUGUAAUAGUAAUAAUCAACCAGUUUGCAAGUGUUUGCCUGGAUUUCAGCCUAUUUCGCCUGAGUAUUGGAAUUCUGGAGACUAUUCAGGAGGAUGUAUCAGAAAAUCACCAUUAUGCGCUGGAACUGCUGCAAAUGACUUGUUCUUCAACUUACAGAUGAUGAAAGUAGCAAACCCAGAUUCUCAAUUCAGGGCCAAAAAUGAAAUCGAGUGCAAGAAUGAGUGCCUUAAUAAUUGUCAAUGCCAGGCCUUUUCAUAUGAAGAACAGCAAGGAGAAUCUGCUAGUGCUACUUGUUGGAUUUGGUUGGAAGAUCUUACUGAUCUUCAAGAGGAGUAUGAUGGUGGCCAUAAACUUAACGUGCGAAUUUCAGCCUCCGAUUUAGACUUAAGUUCAAGACAUUGUGGGACUUGUGGCACAAAUAUGAUUCCUUAUCCUCUUAGCACAGGGCCUAAUUGUGGAGAUCCCAAUUACUUUAAUUUCUACUGCAACAAUUCCACAGGGCAACUUAGUUUUCAAUCACCAGGUGGAAUCUACAGAGUCACCAGAAUCAACCCAGAAACACGAAAAUUUGUCAUGCAAACCAAAGAUGCAGAUAGUUGCAAGGCCAUAAAAUCAAAUGGGAAACUUUUACAGCUCAGUAACUUAUCACCAUUUCAUGUGAUUAAGUGGUGUAAUGCUGAUAUGGGAAAGUAUAGCUCUGCUGCAUCAUUUACAGGUGAUGCUGAAGUAGAGAUAAGUUGGGAUCCUCCGCCAGAGCCAACUUGCUCUUCUGCUAUAGACUGCAAAGAUUGGCCUAAUUCAAAAUGCAGUACUACAGAAUAUGGAAAGAAAAAGUGUCUCUGUAAUAUGAGCUUUCAAUGGGAUGCCCUGAAAUUGAACUGUACUAAAGAAGGUCAUUACAUUAAGCAAAGAAGUAACCAUUACAUAGGAAAGAUUUCCUCUUCUUUGAUCAUUGCAGUAGCUUUCGCAAGUGUCAUUGGUUUUGUUGUUCUCUCAAGCUCUAUUAUUUGUAUAUAUUGGCAAAGAGGAAAGCUGGCUAGGUUACAAGGAAACAGAUUAUCUCUGCAAAGACAUCUAGGCCUUCACUUAUAUGGCAGUGAAAGACAAGUCCAGGGCAUGAUUGACUCGGAUCGGUUCAACGAAGACGAGACAAAAGCAAUAGAUGUGCCAUUUUUUAACUUGGAAAGAAUAUUAGCUGCUACAAACAAGUUCUCAAAUGCAAACAAGCUAGGACAAGGUGGGUUUGGACCUGUUUACAAGGCUACAUUUCCAGGAGGAGAAGAAAUUGCUGUGAAAAGGCUUUCAAGCGGUUCUGGUCAAGGCUUAGAGGAAUUUAAAAAUGAAGUUGUUUUAAUUGCUAAACUUCAGCAUAGGAAUCUUGUAAGGCUUUUAGGCUAUUGUAUUGAAGGAGAUGAAAAGAUGUUACUCUACGAAUAUAUGCCUAACAAAAGCUUAGAUUUCUUUAUUUUUGAUCGAAAGCUUUCUAAGUCAUUGGAUUGGGGGAUGCGAUAUAACAUCAUUGUGGGGAUUGCUCGAGGGCUUCUUUACCUUCAUCAGGAUUCAAGGCUGAGGAUCAUUCACAGAGACUUGAAGACUAGUAACAUUUUGUUAGAUGAGGAGAUGAACCCCAAAAUUUCUGACUUUGGCCUGGCAAGGAUUUUUGAAGGCAAAGAAACUGCUGCAAACACUAGCAGAGUUGUCGGAACUUAUGGGUACAUAGCUCCUGAGUAUGCCUUGGAUGGUCUAUUUUCAUUCAAAUCAGACGUGUUCAGCUUUGGGGUGGUGGUGCUUGAGAUUAUCAGUGGAAAACGGAACACUGGAUUCUAUCAAUCUGAAAAAUCUCUGAGUCUUCUUGGUUAUGCUUGGAAUCUAUGGAAAGAUGAGAAAGCAUUAGAUUUCCUGGACCCAGUACUGAGGAAAACCUGGAAUAUAAAUGAAUUCUUGAAGUGCAUGAACAUUGGGCUUUUAUGUGUACAAGAAGACCCUUUUGAUCGUCCCACCAUGUUAAAUGUAGUGUUCAUGCUUGGAAAUGAAACAGCUACUCUUCCAACCCCUAAACAACCGGCUUUCAUUGUUCGAAGAUGUCCUUCCAGUAGCAGAGCUUCUUCAUCUAGCAAGCCAGAGACCUGUUCUAAUAAUGGGUUAACAGUUACUUUAGAAGAUGGCAGAUAACACAGCUUCUAGUACAGGAAAAUUGUCCACAGAGUUUCUCAAAUAUCCUAAAGGUUGAGAGACUUUUCUUAUGAGGUUUCAAAUUUGAAUUUCCAUCAUUUUCAGUUUGAUUUACACCUUUUGAUUUCCCAUUGGUGUACACUAAUUAUUUGUGGAAUUAUUUCAAUGACAAGUACUGGCACCAAUCUCCAGUCGCUAGUUCAUUUCGUGAUA